CCUCAGGUCAUCGCUUUCAAUAGAGUCCCAUCAUACGGCGCUUCUUUGAAAGAUCCCAUAUUUCAAGAACUGAAAUGAUGAUUGCGGCUCGAGACGCCGAUUGCCUGGCCAUGCUUUCCUAAACUAUCGCCUCCUCGGCUCUUUUUCAUACAUCAACUACUUCGGCGACGAGAGGAGAAUUUGUGGAAGUGGUCGUGUUUCACCAGAGAGAUAUGGCGAAGAUGCAGGCGGCCAGUCUCUCGACCCGCGUGGUGAAGAAGCGCAAGAAGAACUCGUCCUUCGCGGAAGAUCUCGAAGCUAAUCCCAACGAACAAGCGGAGGCAGACUUGAAGACGGCAGAGUCAAACGACCGGCCCGGCCCAUCACCCACUACCCAAAAGGCCAAGAGAAAGCGGAAGUCAAAAGACGCGGAAGACGCAGCCUCAUCGGUUUCUUCAUCGUCUGGUGUGUCCAAUCUUCCUGCCCUUCCCUGGCCGGAGUACUUCUCCUUGUUGGAGAAGACUCAUCGCGCAUUGAACAUAGUGUAUACAUUUUGUAGCACACGCAAGCACUUUGCCACGACAUUCGACACAAUUAAAAGUGCGGUCGAGUCACAUAUCAAAAGAGAUCUGACCGUAGACCAAGUGUCUCAAGUCAAGGGUCUAGUGCCAAAUGUCAUCAACUUUGCAUAUGUUGAUGAAGCUAUGCUUCAGAUCAACCUUCUCCGUGAUGUCGACUCACCACACAAUGAAGAUAGUGAUUCCGGACACCGCGAAGUGCUACUCUUUGAGUUCGUUGACGGCGACUUGAAGCGACAAGUACGAAAUCCAAAGACUGGUGAAGCAGCUGGAUCAAACCGCAGGCCACGAGAUGAGGAUCUGAAGAUGCCGGUCUUUAGCCAGAAGCAGUUGGCCAAACGGAUUGAGAAACGUAACGAGAAGUUCUCAGCUGCUGUCAACUGGUUCCUGCACCAAUGCCAGAUCGAUCUACGAGAUCCAAUAGAAAGACUUAAAGAGCUUGGUUCUCAGUGCUAUCCAUCCCCAACCGAUAAAGCACCCGAUGCCUGCCUUGAAUGUACCCCGGCCAACCUCCCGCCAUCGAUCCCAUCAGAAAGGAAAUCCAUCCCGGAAAUCAUCGAUGAGAUCCGGUCCCUUAAAUGGUAUUCAGAACAAAUCGUUCCUGAUGGACAUCGAGUCUUCGACCCCCAGUCUGCCGUCUAUGGCGACUUGGACUUUCAACUAUCACAGUCCCUUGUGAAUGCCAUUUAUAAUACCAGGAGCAUCAUACAGUUCUAUGUCCACCAAGCGGAAGCCAUCAAUCAUCUGUAUCACGGAAACAACGUCAUUGUCUCUACGUCUACCUCGUCGGGGAAGUCGUUGAUCUAUCAAGUCCCAGUUCUACACGAAUUGGAGAAAGAUCGUGAUGUCAGAGCGAUGUACAUUUUCCCAACGAAAGCCCUGGCGCAAGAUCAGAAGAGGAAUCUCAAAGAAUUACUGGGGUUGAUGCAUGGUCUGGAAGAUAUUCUCGUUGAGACGUUCGACGGCGACACACCCAUGUCUGAUCGAAAUAAGAUACGAGACGAAGGAAGAGUCAUUUUUACUAAUCCUGAUAUGCUCCAUAUAACGAUUCUACCUCAGGAGGACUCUUGGCGGACCUUUCUGAAACACCUCCGAUUCGUGGUUGUCGACGAGCUACACGUGUAUAACGGGCUUUUCGGGGCUCAUGUAGCCCUCAUUAUGCGCAGGCUUCGGAGAAUAUGCGCGGCAGUGGGAAAUCGACAUGUCAAGUUCAUUUCGUGCUCUGCAACGGUCUCGAAUCCAAAGGAGCAUAUGGAGACCAUCUUUGGAGUCGAUAAUGUUAAAUUGACAGACUUUGAUGGAUCCCCUUCAGGCUGCAAGGAAUUCCUUUGUUGGAACACUCCGUUCAAGGAUCCUCGAGAUCCUACUUCCGGUCGAGGGGACAGCAUCGCUGAAGCAGCAAGAUUGUUUUGCCAGAUGAUCCUCAGGGGGGUCCGCGUCAUAUCGUUCUGCCGUAUUCGGAAGCAAUGCGAGCUGCUAAUAAGUGCGGUAAAAACUGAGCUCAACAACCUAGAAAGGCCGGAGGUGAUGGCACGGGUAAUGGGGUAUCGAGGGGGUUAUACUCCCCAAGACCGGAGACAGAUUGAGCGGGAGAUGUUCGAUGGUAAGCUGGUUGGUAUCGUGGCCACGAACGCCCUUGAGCUAGGAAUUGACAUCGGAUCGCUUGACGCUGUCAUCACGGUUGGCUUCCCGUACACAAUCGCGAAUCUACGGCAGCAAAGUGGACGUGCUGGACGAAGAAAUAAAGACUCUCUCUCGGUGCUUGUUGGCGAUUGUUUUCCAGUCGAUCAGUACUUCAUGCAGCAUCCUGAUGAGAUCUUCACAAGACCGAACUGCGAGCUGCAAGUGGACCUUACAAAUAUGCUUGUGCUCGAGGGGCAUUUACAGUGUGCUGCGCAUGAAAUGCCUAUCCGCCCCGAAGACGACGAGAAGUACUUCGGACCUCUACUCCGACCCAUUUGCAAAGAGAAGAUGCGUCUUGAUGAUAGAGGGUUCUUCCAUUGCAACGAAAGAUAUCUGCCACGUCCGGCUCGGUUCGUGGCCAUUCGCGAUACUGAAGAAGAUCAUUUCGCGAUCAUCGACAUCUCACAUGGCCGCAACGUGCUUCUCGAAGAGCUUGAGGCAUCUCGGGCGUUCUUUACCAUUUAUGAAGGAGGUAUUUUCCUCCAUCAAGGAAACACGUACCUCGUGAAGGAGUUCUCGCAGGAACGAAUGCUGGCCAGAGUAGAAUUCGUACGAGUUGACUGGGUGACGCAGCAACGAGAUUUCACGGACAUCGAUCCUGUCGAAACUGAAGCAAUCAGGCAGAUACCAGAGUCGCUGUCUCGUGCCUUCUACGGACCUAUCAAAAUCAAGCGAGUCGUAUUCGGCUUCUUCAAAAAGGAUAAGAAGGGGCGCGUCCUCGACGCAGUACAAGUGGACAACCCCCCGAUCAUCCUUCAUAGCAAAGGCAUGUGGCUCGAUGUCCCCAAGUCUGCUAUUGACAUCCUCGAUUCCCGACGCUUCAACAUCGCCGGUGCCAUUCAUGCCGCUGAGCAUGCCAUUCUCAGUCUGAUGCCGAACUUUGUGGUCAGCAUGCCAGAUGAUGUGCGAACGGAGUGCAAAGUUGCGCAGAAAGAGUUUGCAAAGAAGGAGACCACUCGCAAGCGCCCUGCGAGACUCACAUUCUACGAUGCGAAGGGCGGUGCAUCCGGGUCCGGGAUCAGUACCAAGGCAUUCGAAUUCAUUGAUCUACUGCUGAAGCAAGCUUGUGAGCGAGUUUCAGCCUGUCAUUGCCUGGAAGGGUGUCUGGAGUGCUGUUGCAGUGAGCGUUGUAGAGAGGCAAACGUCGUCAUGUGCAAAGCUGGAGCGGAGGUCAUAUUGAAGAGCCUCUUGAAUUGGGACAUCGAUGUUGAUGCGCUACCUUGGGGUCUAGACGAAUCAGUAGCGGCUGGCAUUGAGACAGUUGUUUUGGCUCCUGAAUACCCAAAUGUUGAAUACAAAGAAGGCCUUUCGGAGAACCUUCCAUUCUUGAACGAUGAAACAGUUGACAUCGUGGUUGCCGGUCAAGCGGCGCACUGGUUCGAUUACCGGACACUGUUCCCCGAGGUGCAACGUAUCCUCCGAAAGGGUGGAACAUUAGCCUUCUGGGGCUACAAGGACCAUGUCUAUCCUGCGUUUCCAAACGCAACUCGGAUUACGCAUCACUAUUCGAAGAGCUUGGAUAAAGAUUUGCUGGGCUCGUACUGGACCCAACCUGGCCGUGAUAUCGUCGAAGAUAAGCUACGCCGGAUCAAACCUCCGGAGGAAAAUUUCCAGGAUAUCCAGCGCAUUGAAUAUGAGCCCGGAACAAAAGGACCACAGUCUGGAGAGGGAACCAUGUUCGUCAAUAGGAGAAUGAAGAUCGGGGAGUGCAAAGAAUAUAUCCGGACAUGGAGUUCAUAUCAUGGCUGGCAAGAAGCACACCCCGGCAUCGAAAGGCGAAGUGGUGGUGGGACUGGUGAUGUUGUGGAUAGCCUGUUCGAUGAAUGCGCGGAAUCGGACCAUGAGUUCGCCGAUGACGGGCAGGAAAUCGAGGUGGAAUGGGGAAGUGGGCUGAUCAUGGGACGGAAGAGAUAA